UGCUUUUCUUCGUCUACAGGUUGUGGUUGAACAGGUCGCAAUAGUCUCAAGGUGGCUGAGUUGUCGUUGGAUAGGUUGCGUGGGAAGUUGUGACAAACGUGAGUAUGCCAUUUUUCCUCAUCAACUCCCCCUGGACUGUUCAUCCCCUGCGCUUUGCCAUACCCCUCAAUCACUCUGGUAAUCUGACCUCUCCUUGAUAUGCCUGCGGGUAGCCGCAUCUGCAAUGAUGAACCCCUAGUCGGCUGACUUUGAGAUACAGGCAAGGGAAUAUCGGGAUAUUUGAGACGAGACACAUUCGAGAAGGGAAAGGGAUCGCUUUUGACGAACUCCGCCAAGAUGUCGUCUCUGUCGCGUCGAGCAUGCUACAAGUGUGGAAAUGUUGGCCACUAUGCCGAAGUCUGCACAUCGUCUGAGAGACUGUGCUACAAUUGCAAGCAGCCGGGUCACGAAUCCAACCAGUGUCCCAUGCCACGUACCACUGAAACCAAACAGUGCUAUCACUGCCAGGGCCUAGGCCACGUCCAAGCCGACUGCCCAACCUUGCGGAUUAGUGGUGGCCCGGCCGGCGGCCGCUGUUAUUCAUGUGGACAAAUUGGCCACCUCGCUCGAAAUUGCCCAACCCCUGGGGCUGGUGGGAUGGCCAUGCGCGGUGGGCGGGGAGGUUUUGGCAACAGCUUCCGUGGCGGUUUCAAUGUCACCAAUAAUCGAGCUGCCACAUGUUACAAAUGUGGUGGGCCCAACCAUUUUGCCCGCGAUUGCCAAGCUCAGGCCAUGAAAUGCUACGCCUGUGGCAAACUGGGCCAUAUCUCUAGAGAUUGCACUGCCCCCAACGGUGGUCCUCUCAAUGCUGCGGGUAAAACUUGCUACAAGUGUGGACAGCCCGGUCACAUCAGCAAGGAUUGCACUUCAGCAGAAACCAAUGGUUCGGCUGGUGUUGUGCCAAAUGGAACCUCUGCUGAUGUCUUAGCAGCUGCGCCUGCGGCCGAUCCUCAGGACAUUGCUGCCGGCGCCGCGCCUACGGCCGCGGUUGCGUAAGCUUUCAUCACCGGCGACAUUGCACGUUGGUUUUCUCAGCCUUCCCAGCAGGACGACUGAUGCAUCUCCUUUCACGCAAGCUACGACCAGUGCAAUGCAAAUUAUCUUUCCUGGUGUUUUCGUUGACUUUAUUACACAAAAUUGUCUCCUCAUGGAAUUCUCUUGUUUCUUUAUCACUUUUACGAUACCACUCUCAACAUCUUUACUUUUCUGCCUCUUUGCCCAUCACCAUUACCCCCACGACUUUCUACUACCUCCACCACCCUACAAACCUAAUCGAAACUUUGACGGAGGGGAGCUUGAGAGAGUUCGGUCUCUCAUGGCUACCCCAAACUAAGCAAGGCUGAAGGAAUUUGAAAGGCACGGAUUACGAAACUGUUCUGGCACGACUCUCUUGGAAACUUCUUUUGCUUCUGCAACAGAAGCUCGAAUAUUGGCGACCAUAUUUCAUAUGCCACUUGCCAACAGCUCGGCAUCUCACGAUGUCAGAAUAUUUCUCGUCAUGUGCUCUAUGCACGUCAUCAGAACCAGGGGGUUUGAAGUUCUUCAUCCUCUUGGGAGUGAGACCAGAAAAUCAAAUUCGGACUUGAAGUGGAGGCAGGAGAAAUCAGACAGUGGAUCAGAACGCAGCAUACCCCAUUUCACGAACGCAUGAACCAUGAGAUCGAACUCUUGAUGAUCGACGGAGGGAGAAGCACAGUUGACGGUUGCAGUCAGGCAGGCGAGUGGAGGAGAUAACCUUGGUUAGCAGUGACAAGCAAACCGAAAGCAGACAUGUCGAUAAUCAGACCGGUCACUUUUGGUGUAGCGAAUGGCAUGAGAUCUUGAAUGACAGAAUUGGACAACAGA